UUCUAUACCUGCUAUCCCACAGCCACACUCCCUUCCCAGAGUCUAUUAUCCACUGUUACUUUAGGCACCAUCUCCCCCUACUAUACCUUCUAUGUCACAGUCCUUUCCCUUCCCCUGUCUGACUGUCGCCAUUCUUUCUAAAUCUGUCCCUUUUGCUAUUUCUCCUUUCCUCUCCCCACCCCAAACACACCUUUUACUUACACUAUCCCAGCUGAGACUGUCUCCGUGGCUCCGUACACAAACACAGACAAUGGGACCGGUGUGAGCUGCUGCGCUUUCUCCUUGUGGGGAUAAUGCUGGACUCCUCCCUUCUAUCAUGUCCUUCAUCUCCAGAAGCUCUGCUGCCGGAUCCUCCUGUCCAUUACAUUGGCUUCACCCCACGGGGCCAACACAGAAUUCUUCACCAAAGUCCUCCCUUCACAGAGGCCAAGAUGGACAUGCUGAGGAUAGUGCGGCACCCCCAACAGGUUAAUGUCCCUCUCUCUCCUACCCCUAGGUACCUAAUGUGGCUGGAGAUCAGCCGGCUGCCCCCACUCUUGCCACUGCACCCUGACAAACCCUACAACAGUUCUGUAUGGAGGCAGCUAACAACAGCCCCACAGGCUGCCUUUGGCCGGGGUCCAAUACCACCUCCUUCCCGUAUGGAGGGCAAUACAUGGCAGAAGUUUGCACUGUGCCGCAGUGCCUGGAAACAAGAGAGAGAAUCUCCAAAAUUAAGGGUGCUCACUCAGUCGAGAGUUCCUCCUACAGAUGUUCAAGGGAACAUCAUUCCACCUAAAGGCUUUAAGAGAUAUGCUGAACGAAGGUCCAUAGACGUUUCUACCCCCAAGGCAGCAGAUCUACCCAGCAACCUGAAACCACUGAAUGAAACCCACAAAAUUACCCUCCAGGAGAAUAAUCUACAUAAGAAGCUGAUCCAGCAGAGGUACAAGGAUCUGCAAGGCUCGGCAAGGAGUGUGGUCCCCAACAACAGCAGGAUCCCAACCCCUAGGGAGUCACCAUAGAAGAUCAUGGGAUAAUGUGACAUAAAGGGAAUUCUCCUGAUGUGGAUACACGAGGUUCAGAACCAACAUAAAAGUAUUUAGUAAUUAAAUUACUGGACCAUGGCUCAGGGAGUUCUGGGUUCAAGCCCUACUGAGGUCCCAGCAGCUUUUGAAAAAUAACCUCUCUGUCCUGAGGCACCAGAUGCUUAGAUCGUAAGCUCUGUGCGGUAGAGAUCCAUUGUGUCUAUUGCUUUUUUUAUUUUAUUUCAAAUCAGUUUUAAAUCAGUAUUUUAUUCAAAUCAGUGCAUGGUUGCUAGGGUAAUUUGAACCCUUGCAACAGAUGGCUGAAAUUGCAAACUGGAGAGCUGCUGCAUAAAAAUCUAAAUAACUUAAAAAAACAAAUAAUAAAAAAAAUGAAAACCAAGUGCAAAUUGUCUCAGAAUAUCACACUCUGCAACAUACUAACAGUUAAUAACCCCAUUAAUUGAGUGGUUGUUCUGUGUCAGAUUACCAUAGGGCCAAUCUGAUUGGUUGUCUGGGUCCCAUAGGGGUCCCUCACGUCAGAGAAAGGGGUGGAGUUGGGGCAAAUCAGGGGUGGACUGGUCAGAUUAGUCGAUGAUCAAUAUUUUUUAGGGCCCCAAUUCCAAUAGGGCAAUUACCAAAACAUAACUCGACUUCCAGAAGUAUCUUGAAGGCAUUCUCCAUAAAUCUCCCACCUAGUGAGGAGGUGUCAAGAAGAAGCAUGUGUCUUCUAUCCCUAAUUCGUAGGACCAUGCCAAUUUGUGAGACAUGAGCCCCUGAAUAGCUGCCUAAGCAGACCAAUUGCAUAACAGUAUCUACAUUUUCCUAUGUGCAGAAUGGUCUGAAAGGUCCAAAUUUUGUUGCCGCCUAAAGCUCGUGUUCUGCAGGGCUCCGCCACACACAGGGCAAUUGCUCCUCAUUUCACCCACAUGGAAAUCUCUCUUCUCUUCAAGGGGCACCAGAGGGGUAUAAAUCUGGCAGUGCCCCUACUGAACUCACGCUAAAUAAAUUCUAGUGAUUAGGCCAAUUAAACUGUAGUUAUGCAGAGACAAGAUGUGAUUGGUUAAUGGAUCCUGUUCUUGGAGCCAAUUUUACUUUACACCCAUUCAUUAUCAAAGUUGAAAGCUUAAACCACUGUAGGACACCCAUUUGUUAAUGGUGAUGUCAUGGAUUUUAUGUGUGAUGUCAUCAGUUGUGUUAAUAAACUAUGGCAUGUUCACGGACGAUUACAAAAUCAUUAUUACAAAUCCAAGAUUUGGUGCAAGGCUACAAAGGCCUAGGGUGACAAGAUACCCUUUGCUCCCUCAUAUAAUUCGCUGAGCAAAAAAAGCACCUCCUCCCUCUUGUAGUGGCUGCCCAUCUGUACAGAAAAUAACUCACAAAUCAGACAGCUGUCACAAGGGUACUGGGAGUUGUGUUUCCCUGAUUAAUGAAAUCAUCCCUGAUAGUGGGCCCAUGAUUUUCUACAUUGCCCCUGGCCCCUUCCUCCUGAACCCCUGCCAGCUAGGAGAUAUACAGAUGCAGUUGGUGAUUUAUAGUAAGAGCGUGGGUUAUUCUUAGAGAUGUGGGAACCUGUCUGUUCCUCCAUCCAAAUAUUUCUACAAGUUCCCAAGUCCACGAUCAGUGCUGACUCAUGGGUUAAGCUUAUUUUGGCAAGUCUCACCCUCUGCCCAUCAACAUUCCCAACAGGGCCACAGCUCUGCCCCUAAAUCUUUUCCCCUGUGACAGAUUAACCCUUCAACUGCCAGAAACAACAGCAAUGCAUUGUGCUCUAAUCUGAUCCUGCAGCUGCUAAAUACACAGUAUUCCCUAUA